CUGUUGCUAUCAUUGGUUCGUCGUCCGUCAUCUGAGCGAUUGGCCUGUUUCAUUUUUCUUCUCUUCUUCUCCCACAGAUACAUUGCUCGAUCUUUGGUCAACGGAUUUGUUCCAGGCUGGAAUCUCUUUUUUUCUCAUCUGAGUCACUUUCUACUUAUCAUGUAUUGUAGUCCCACGGGAUCUCUAGACAAUGUGACGCUUGCGAAUCGCUAGGAUUGUCUCUUUCUGCGCUCCACCCAGCGAAGGCAACGCUGCUGGCUCAUCUGUGAGACAAACCCGGUAUAACUCUAUGGUUCCUGAAUCCUCAGGGCUCCGAUCCCCGUGUAUUCUCCUGAAGGGGUUCAAUUCCGAAAGAACUCCGCUGUCUUCUGCAGUUGUUGCGUGGCCCUGUCCAUAUCAAUGGAUGGAUGGAUGGAUGGGUGGAUGUAUGUAUGUAUGUAUGUAUGUGAGCAUCCCUUGGGUAUCCCACAUUAUUGGAACCUUGCCGCUCCCAACAUGCUGGUACUUGAACUACUUAAUGCUCUGGGUGCUUGCCGUACUGCAGACUGCACCGGCUAACGCCGACUUCUUUGCACUUGCGCUCCCAGCUCUUCCUGUCUCUAUCGCCUUGGAUGGUGUACAGGACCGACAGCUGGCAUUAUGUUAUAUUCUUAGUCGGACAGGCAUACUCGAUCUGAGUAGGGAGUCACAUCAGCUCCCACCCCGGAAUCAUCGCCUGGAAGGACAGUUGCGCUCGAACAGAAUAUCCGCAUCAGAGAACCGGGGGACGGGAAGGGCGCGGACGAACCACGCAAAAGAGUGUGGAAAGUUUCUGUAUGCUCGACUACGACUACAUGGCUGAGACUGAAGGGAGGAUUCACCGGAUAUGCCUGCUCGCU